UUUGACAUGGCGAUCGUGUAGUGAUAGAAGUAUUAGUAGAAAGAAAUUUAUUAUUUACAAAGAAAUUAUUUUACGUUUUUAUCUUUACGCACAGUGUCAUACUGAAAAUUCCUUAGUUUCAGCUGUAGUUUUUAAUUGCAGUAUUUUUGAAUUACCGUGAUAUGUUUUAAGUUAAGGUUAUGGGUGUAUGCUGGUGCAAAAACAAGGCCCCGGAUGUGGGCGAAGCGUACGCACCGGCGACGCCCAGCUCGGGAGCGGCGGACACGGAGACAGGCUCGCCCCGGGUGGUGCCCCCCAGCCGGGCCACCUGCGAGAAGAUCGACCAACUCGUGCUGGAGAUGCUGUCGCUCAUAGCUUCCUUUGUAGACAACGAUGAGGAGUCUCCGGUUUCGUUGGUGAAGCUCCACGUUAUAGCUGAUAAGGAAGAGGGGUGGAUCCAGGUGGUGACGUCAAUCGUCAACGUCAUCCCUCUCGAGGACCCCUUCGGGCCCUCGGCCGUCACAAUCCUGCUCGAUGAUUGCCCGUUGCCGUCCAAGGAAUCUGUUAUCAAAGUGACUCAGCUCCUAGGGUUGUCGUCAGCACGAGCCAGCAUGGGCGAUCUCAACGUGAGGGUCGAGAGGAACAUCUGUAUCGUGCUUGGCUGCAUCGCGGAGAAGCUGGCCGGACCCAACAGUGUCGCCGUACUGACAGAAAAUACGUUAGAGUACCUUCUCACAUUCUUGGUGACUCGCCGCGAAGCCUGCGUGGUCCUCUUCGCGCUCAUAGCACUAGAGAAGUUCGCUCACACGACAGAGAACAAACUGACAAUUAAGACGAAGCUGGAACAGCAAUCAGAGAACCCCCUGCUUAUCCUAGAGAGGAUGGCAGAGAGCACCGACUAUGUCUGGAGACAGGUCGGCUUCUGCGCCAAGUGGGCCCUCGAUAAUCUGUUUAUCGUGGAGGGCAGGCAGCUAUCAUACGAGGUGGUCGACAUGUCGGCCAUCAACGUGAUUCUCAACACACAGGACGUUAGCGAGUACCUCAAGAUCUCCAGCAACGGCCUAGAGGCUCGCUGCGACUCCUACUCCUUCGAGAGCGUUCGGUGCACCUUCCAGGUCGACGAAGGGUGCUGGUACUACGAAUCUGUCAUAAUAACCCCUGGAGUCAUGCAAAUAGGUUGGGCGACGAAAAAUAGUCAUUUCUUAAAUCAUGAAGGCUACGGCAUAGGCGACGACCUGUACUCCUUGUCGUACGACGGGUGCCGCAAGCUGGUGUGGUACAAGGCGCGCCCGGCCGUGGUCAAGCGUGUACCGGCGUGGCAGCCCGGAGACGUACUGGGCUGCCUCAUAGACCUCGCCGCUAAAGAGGUCGUCUUCUCUCUCAACGGCGUCCGGCUCGCGCCCUGUAAGGAAAUCUUCGAAACCACGAAGUACGGAUUCUUCGCGGCGGCGAGUUUUAUGGCGUUUCAGCAGUGCCGGUUCAACUUCGGCGCGGAGCCGUUCCGCUACCCACCCGAGGACAGACCUUUCUCCAAGUUUAACGACCACGGACAUCUCUCCGAUGACGAGAAGAAGGUGAUCCCGAGGAGGAUAUACUUAGAGCAGCUGCGGUGCUCAAGUGUGCGUGAGGACUCGUGCACGCUCUGCUUCGACGACACCGCGUGCUGCGUGCUCGAGCCCUGCGGACACAGGGGUUUCUGUUCACUAUGCACAUCGCAGUUGAAGGAGUGCCCAAUGUGCAGAGCGGCGAUAUUGAACGUGCGUCGGGAGGAUACAUGACAGGAGGUGCCGCGGCGCAGCGCGUCGAGGGACCUGAGCGACUCGCCCAGCCCGAACAUCACGCUGGACGAGUCCUCGACUCCCUCCCCCCGCGCCUCCCCCCCUCUCGACCAAGACGACGAGCCGUUCGACCUGCCCCCGCGGGACCUCGUCUGUUGCCUCAGAUAGGUGUUAACCUAUGUUAACGGGUGUCUCUUACUUACCAAAUACCAACUCACGUGGGUAAGGCUUAUUCCGUAUUUCUACAGAACUGUUGGCACAGCUUUGCAAGGUUUUUGGAGAAAAUAUGAGUAUAUCUAAUAUGUUAUUUCGGUGGAGCAUAUUUUAUAUAUCUUUUCUGAAGUGGGCCUCGUAGUUUUGAUUGAUAAAAAGGUAACCUAACAUGCAGUUACUGUCGCUUUAUCCUUACUAAAUAUUUGCGCCACCCAUUAAAAAUCACCCUUAUAAUUAUAACCGAAUAUUGAGCUCCAAGAUUUUUUGAGCUAUGUCUACAGUAAUCUUUUGAAAUCGACCAAUCACCUUGCAGAACUAAAAACAAGUUGACCUGAUAAAUUGGUUUCCCUGCUUAAUAGAGACAGCCCAAGCAACAGUUAUAGUGUCUUAAAUCAUUCCGAAGCGACCAAAAGCCAGGUAUGUAAGUCCUGAAUCAAUACUCAUCACUGUAUGCUGGCGUGAAAUGCGGGCUUCUUUAUUUUUUAGUUGAUAAUUUCAACCAUGCAAUGACUUUACAGUGCAUUACAUCGCAUUUGUUGACUUGUGCACCUUCUAGAUGUUUCUAAAGUCAUAUUUUGUAGUCGAUAACAAAUUAAGAAAAUCAAAAAGAUUUGAAAGUACCUGUAAUCAUUGUACAGUAUAAACGUUUCUGUAAAUUGCUAGUUAAUUUACUUUUAUAAUUAAUCGUAUAUUAUAUUUUGACGUGUGUAAUUGAAAAUACAAUUUUAGUUAAUGAACGCGAGCCUAAAUUGUUCAGAUUGAAUAUUGUUGUGUCCAUCAGUUGUGGUCUAUCUCUGAGAUAUCUGGACCCUUAUUAAUGUAGGAAUUAAGAAAACGGCGGGAAAAUAUGUGUCUGUCUAAGUUUUAGUGUGUAUUGAUUGUUCAACGACUGACUAAACUAGGGCAUCGCGAAAGACUUAGGUGUUAUAGCAUUUCUUAGAAUAUUUUAUGUAUAACUUAGCUCCAUAUAUUCCAGUAGAAUAGUCAGCGAUAUAUUGCCAUCGUUUCGAGGCGCCCUAAAGACAGUAACUCUUCUGAGUUUAAUUAUAACCUCUCACUGCGUAGUUUUUCCUACUAUAGCAGGCCAGUUUCAGUCCGGCUUAGCGUUACUACCUAUUUCUGAUACAACCGAAAUUACAGCAGAAAGCGUUGACAAUAACUUGAUGUGAGUGUAGGAGUAAAAUUGUGACUUAUUUCAUAAAUGGAAUGCUAAUUUUCCUAGAUUCGUAGAUUAUUUAUUUAAUUAUAAUAUAUAUUCCCGCCGUUUGACAUCGUCGUAACGACAAACGUACAACAAUUGUUGUAGCUAUUAUGAUAUAUCAAAAUAAUUGUAAAGCUUAACUUCUAGUUUGCUUUAAAAGGUGAGGCCUUUAAUAGUGUUAAAAUUGCAAUAGUCAAUAAUUGACUGUUUAUAUAUGAAUAUAAUGAAUAUCAAAAUUGAAAGUUAUAUAUUAUAGUCUAUGAAAGUGUGAUGUACGAAAUUUAUAAGUGAACGAAUUUAGAAUGUACGGAACUUAAAGUUGUUGUUGAAACUGUUUGUAGGAGUAAAUAGAGGGAGCUCGUUGUAUCCCCAUGACUAUAAGGUAGAAAGCAAUUUGACAUGUCACAGUGUUGUGGCCAGCGAGUGGAGCGUCGGUGGACCGCCGUGACCGGUCGCGCUGUACAAACAGAGAAUAUUUUUUUAAACCAGCGUUUAUGGUAUUGUUCAUAAUUUAUUUGGUUCAUAAUCAUAAUAUACUACUCGAAAGAAAAGAGCCUAAUUAUUCGGUUUAACAAAAUGUAGUGUCUGUUUUUAUAGCUCCCCAAUUAGCCGUUUAUAGACAAAUUAUUCAAUUGUAUAAAAUGAAACCUGGUAUUUACUUUCUUUUGAGCAGUAUAAAUGUACUAAAAUACGCCACAUGUUUAUUGUCCAUAGCAGUGGAAUCAAUGUGCAGAUUUCCAAUAAUUAUAUUGUCACAAUAAAAGCAUUGUAUUUUGUUAGCUUAUAUUAUAAAUAGCAAUUAUAUAAAAGCACCAUAAAACGCUUUAAUCACGUUGUAUGAAGCACAAAUUAUAUUUGCCAAACUAUUUGUACAAAUGACUAUUUACGCGUGAUCUCUUUCGGUAUUUUAGCUGAUGACGUAAUGACACGGUACAUUCAGGUGUUAUUACUUGAUUUUUACUUUAUUUUAAAUUUGAUUAAAAAUAUUAGUACAUUUCGCUUAUAGGCACACACCGACGAUAGUUGUCUUGCGUUUAAUUCGUCGUAUACGUAGAUAUAGAGAUGGUAAAGUUUUAUAUUGACUGUAUUGUUGUAGGACAGGUACAAAAGUAUGGACCUUACUUAGAAGAUUGUAUUUCUAUUUACGUCUUCAAAUCAAAUCAACUUUUACAACAAAAUCGAAUGGUUUUCUCCGAAACUAUCGCACCCCUGCAUUUGAAUGUUAAUGUCUAAUUUUCUUUACUUUUAUAACUAUCCUACGACACCAACGUUCUGAUCGUUUACGUAGUAGUCGAUACAUUUGCAUUCAUACCAGUCCUGUGAUCACAUGUGUCCAGUAAGUUAAGAAUGUAUUCCAUCCAUGCCAUUAAAUUAUCUAAAUAUAUGACGUACAUUAGUCAAGCAGUAUUUUCUUGUACAGAUAUUCGUAAUAAUAGGCUACACUAUACUAAUUUAUCGUAGAUAUAUCUACUUCAUUGUGACAUAUUCCUGCAAAAUCUUCAUAGUAGGUUGUGUACACGUUAUGCCUAGGCAAAAUAUAAUAUAAUUUACCCCGGCACAUUACUAAAACGAAGUAAUAGAAAAAAGCAAGGAACUAAUCUGCAAAAUUGUUAUACAAACUUGCUGUCAAAAUAAUUAUUUCUUAUCACGUUUCUUUGUCAAUAAAUAUUUAUAAACAAUAGAGAUGCGCCGAAUAUUCAUAUUCGGCCGAAUGAUCGGUAUUGUCGCCGCAUAUAUUCGGUAUAAUAUCUUGAAAUUUUGUGAGAAUAUAAACAAAAUAAAGGUAUUUUUUUAUGAAACUUACCAUUGUUCUUCUCGUAAGUUCACCCUCAUGAUUGUUAUUUCAGGCCUCUUUAAAUAAUUACUUACCCAUGCCAUACAUAACUCAUACAUUCAUCAAUUCAAUCAGCUAAUUAUUAAUCAUAUCGUUCCUGUGGCAGUGUUUUCAUGUGACAUAAAUCUGGCGUAUAUAAUAAAAUGGCGUAAAUAUUAUUUUUAAACAUACACUUGAGUGAUGUAUGAGUUAUAAUGAUACCGAAUAGUUUGGCCGGAUACUCGGAACGGUAAUAGUUAUACCGAAUAAUAUUCGAUUAAAUUAUUAUUCGGCACAUCUCUAAUAAAUACAAUUUAAGCUUUAUAGCAUUACAAGCUGUGUGCCGUGGUGGCUGACAAUGUCCCUUGUUCAAAAGCAUAUUUUAGAGCAAUACAUCUAUUUCUCUUUUGUGCUUUCACUUAUGACUUUUGUUUUUGCAGAAUUAUUUAUUGUAUUAUAGUUUGACUGAGUGUGUUGCCCGGUUAACGAUAUUUGUCUUCGUGUAGCAUAACGAUUGGUUAUUACUCUUGUACCACAUAAUUACAGUGGCUUAGAUCAAUGAUAGAGCUUACAUUAUAUCCACAUUCAGAGGUAUUUGAUUCUAUGUUAGAUUUAGCACUAUGUAAUCAUAAAUAUCGGUGUAAAAAAUCGUUUACAAUUUGGAGUAAGUUGGAAUUAAGCUCCAAAAUAAAACUAAUUUUUAAGCCGAUUUCAUAUAUUUAAAAUACAGAGAUAUAUAUUACUUUAAUCGAUGUUAUUCUUAUACAUUUCAAAUUAUACAAAUGUAUAUUUUCAUACGAUUUACGCCUCGUUAUGCUCGUUGUCUGUAUAUAGUUCGCUACGAUCUAAUGUUUAAUUAUAAUAUUUUUCUUUGUCUAUUUUAUUAAAGUGUUUUUUUUUUUUAUAUUUUGUGUCAAAUCACAAGGAUCAUUUGACUUGCUAUUAGGUAUGACUGGUUUAGUACAACGAUUUAAAUGUGUUAUAAAAUUAGCGUAUGUAACCCACGGCCUCUUUCGUAUUUCGCCAUCGCAACAGCUUUCUGUCUUACUUAUAAAAAUAAUUCAUAAAGUGCUGUUAAUUAUGUAUACAGGUAAUAUUAAAUUGUAAAUAAUCAGUCAUCUAUUUCUCGAAUUGUAUACGUUGCAUAUCGAGAACAAAGUUUACAUGUCAUUGUUACGAUUCAGUCACAAGAUAAAUAAAAUCUUAUGAUGCAA